AUGUCGAACGCACUUCGCAACUCACUCCCCGCACUGCGACGUGCAGUCGCCACGUCUGGAGUGCGCAAACCCACUCCGGUUGCUCUCACCGCCGCCACCUCAAGCGUGCCCAUCCGACCAUACGGCACAACACCAGACACAGCACGCGAGCAGUACAACAUGACCAAGUUCAGCAAGUUUGACUGGCAAGAUCCCAUGCAGAUGUUCGAGACGCAGCUUUCCGAAGACGAAAAGGCCAUCGCUCAGACCGCGCACGAUUUCUGCCAGGAGACGCUCAAGCCCAAAGUCACCGAGAUGUACCGGAACGAAUCGUGGGAUCCGACCAUCCUGCCUUCACUCGGAGAGCUCGGAUUGCUCGGAUCAACCAUCGAAGGGUACGGCUGCGCCGGCGUGAACAGUGUUUCGUACGGCCUCAUUGCAAGAGAGGUCGAGAGGGUGGAUUCGGGUUAUCGAUCCAUCAUGUCAGUACAGAGUUCAUUGGUCAUGGGUCCUAUCAACCAAUUUGGAAGCGACGCACAGAAGGAAAAGUACCUCCCCAGACUCGCCAAAGGUGAAUUGGUCGGUUGCUUUGGUCUGACCGAACCAAACCACGGCUCGGACCCGAGCAGCAUGGAAACAACAGCCACCGAUACGGGCGAUGGUCACAUUGUCUUGAAUGGAAGCAAGACGUGGAUCAGCAAUUCUCCUCAUGCGCAUGUGUUUGUUAUCUGGGCCAAGUGCAAGUGGGACAACAAGAUCCGAGGUUUCAUCGUCGAAAAGGGUACCAAGGGUCUCUCUGCACCCGCGAUCAAAAACAAGCUCCAACUGCGUGCAUCUGUUACAGGGAGCAUCUUUAUGCAAGACGUCAAGGUGAAACGUGACGAAUCGCUCCUCCCGCACGCACGUCCCGGUCUCGGCUCUCCCUUUGAAUGCCUCAAUUCUGCUCGCUACGGUAUCUCAUGGGGAGCUAUGGGCGCGCUCGAAGCGUGCAUUGCCGAAGCACGACAAUACGCCCUCGACCGGUCACAAUUCGGACGUCCCAUCGCCGCAUUCCAGUUGAUCCAACAGAAGCUAGCCGACGCAUCCACCGAAGCGGCGCUCGGUCUAUUGUGCAGUCUUCAACUAGGCAGGAUGAAGGAUUCCGGCGCAUGGAGCCCCGAAAUGGUCAGCCUCGCCAAGAGGAACAACUGCAACAAGGCGCUCCAGCAGAGCAGGAGUCUGCUCGACAUCUUUGGUGGUAAUGCUACCAGCGACGAGUACCACACCGGCAGACAUGUACAAAAUCUGCAGACGGUCAACACGUAUGAGGGUAGUUACGGUAUUCACACCCUCAUCCUCGGUAAGGGUAUCACUGGCUUACAGGCUUUUGCUAACUAG